GAAAACAAUGAACUCAGUCUUGUCUUGGUUAAGCUUCAGCAUGUUUUGAGACAUCCAUUCAUUGAUCAUGAAAACGCAAGAUGAUAAAUUGCCAAGUACCUGAUGACAGUCGCCUUCAGAUUUAGGGUCAAACUCAGCAUAAAGCUGGAUAUCAUCUGCAUAUUCAUGAAAUGAAAUGCCUUGCCUACGAAUGAUCUCACCGAUGGGACUGGUGUACAUAAUGAAUCCCAACGGACCUACUACGGAUCCCUGGGGUAUGGAGUAGGUGAAAAUGUGCUCUUCAGACAAAUCUCCUUUGAUGGAAACCUUAGCCGUGCGGUCUUUUAGGUAUGUGCUGAACCAAGACUCAACAGUUCCUUUUAUUCCAAAUUGGCUCUGGAGUCUCUGUAGAAGGAUGCCGUGGAUGCAGAAUAAUACUGCAUCUUUGAAUCAGUGAUCAGUCUAUUUACGUGGUCUUUUUGAGCCCGGAGGGCAUGUUCAUCCUCAGCAGAGUUGGUCUUUUUCCAUUUCCGCUCAAGGCGACGCCGAAUACGCCUUUCAGUAUGGAUGAGGUCGUUGUACCAUGGAAGUCUUGGCUUGAUAAUUCGUUCCCUGGUGACCAAGGGACAAACUUCGUCGAGGACCGUAGAAGUUAUCUUCGCAUAAGACUCUGCAAGACUGUUGGGAUCGUUGUUGCUGUCUGGGAAAUCGGUAAACCGAUCAUGGAGUAGCUCUGGCAAGCGCUCAUGGUCCAGCUUGCCGUACUGGCGGGAUGUUGUUGAGACCCUCAGUGGUGGAGGUUUGCCACACUUCAUGGUACAUGUGACGACAUUAUGAUCAGAGUGGUGCAGAGGGUCGACAUGAACUUCAUGGAUUAGAUCAUAAUCAUCGCGGGAAAUGACCAAGUCUAAGGACCCUUUUCCGGACCAGUGAACUCCUUGUUUGGUACCCGCUAUGUUGUGAUGGUCAGUGGUAUCCUGAUUGGGACGUCAUUGAUCGUUGCUUCACUGACUACCAGCGUUGUCCAAAUGACCGUGACUUUGACAUUGGGAGUUUCUUGUCUAAGUUGCUCCAGUGUUCUCAUGAGGGCGGCAGUCGCACGGUGUUUUCCAAUCAACUAUGGCACAGCCACCGGUCUGGCGAUGUCAGGAUUUCCCGUGGGUACACUCCUAAUCGCGCCUUUGACACAGCUUCUGCUAGACACGUACGGCUGGCGAGCCGCCAUGAUGCUCCUCGGUGCCAUGAGUUUGCACCUAUCUGCCUGUGGCGCCCUCUUCAGGCAGAGAUCAAGGGGCAGCGAGAAAAGUAACCAGUAUGAGACGCUUCGUGAAGACGAUGAUCUCGAUGACUCAUCUCCUAACAACAUUGCCAAAGAGAAAUCACGAUUGCGCGCUUUCAAGGACGCCCUCACAGCACAGACUGAACAUUUCGGUUUCUCGGUGUUCUUGAAGUUCUCCUUUUGGAUCGCCACCCUACUGGAAGUCUGUAUUCGCUUUGUUUCCGACCAGUGGCUGGUGUAUUUCGUCCCCCAGGCAGAGGCCAAGGGUUUCUCCCCCCAGGAAGCCGUUACGUUUGUCACCGCUGCCGGCAUCGGCAACAUCGUCUUCAAACUCGUCCUAGGCGUUGUCGUGGACCGGGGUCUGUUAAAACUGCGACCGGCAAUGGCAGCGGUGAUCGUCAUGAGCUGUGUGAGUUUCGUCAUCGUGCCGUGGGUGACGUCAUACUGGAUGACGUUAACAAAUGCUGUUGUCUUCUAUGGUUCGUGUGGUGCCAUUGGUUCACUCAUUGACAUCUUCACAAGGGAACUUCUGGGCGUGGAUCUCCUGAUCAGCGCUUUCAGUUGGAUGGAAGUUAUAUCGGCGCUUGUCAGCUUAGGUUUUGGAUUCUAUCCAGGUUGGAUUUACGACGAGACCGGAAGUUACGAUUUGGCCUUUGUUUCAUUGGGAUGUGUGUGGGCCCUGUCGCUGGUGGCGCUCUUAAUGGAACAGGUGAACGCGAGAUGGUAUAAGAAGUAAUCUGUGAUGAGUUUGUUAGUUUUGCUAUCAAAGAUCAGUUCUGUUAUGAUCUAAAUAUUGAGAAACCGUGUAUCAGUACACUGUAACACUGGUUGUUUAACUAUUUAACACAAUGUAAACGCUUGUUUGCAAUAGUUUAUAACGUUUUAACGCGUUUAAGGGGAGACGUAAAAGGCUCAGGCUAAAUUUUGAGUCGGAUUAAUUUGCAGGUGUCUGUCACAAGUUGAUUUUAAAAGGUCUUGUGAAUAUUUUAUUUCCAGAAUUAUACUGUAUAACUUUUUCUUUUUGUGAUUGUAUUAUGGGGAAGCGACCCCAACCUAAUUGAUAUAUAUAUACUUUGAAACUUUUUGUGAUUGUAUUACGGGAGAGACCUCAACCUAAUCCACAUACUCUGAAACCUUUGUGUGUGAUAAUAUUAAGGGAAAGACCCAACCUAAUUUUUUGAUGUAUUAGAAGUCCACGAAGUUGGAAUUGGGGUAAUCUUAUCAUGACUUGACUCCAGUUGAACACUUUAGCAUUACAAUGUAUAAGCUGUAAAUCCUAUAAGUAUUUAACAAUGGUGGGAUUUAACUGAGCAGUCCGUGCCUGUCAGUAGAUUAACUUGACAUGUUCUGAGGUUUUGAAAUACUUUUAGACCAUCAGUCUUGGGUAUAAAAUCCAGAUUGGGGCGUUGGCUAGGCACUUGUAGGCGAGACCAGGACCGACACUACGUCAGGGCAUGUUAUGCUCAUGUGUACCCACAUUGGGGAGUUGUAGGUUCCUAGUGAACUGAGUUUGCAAUUAUUUGCGCCGUUGGGAAUGAGUCCCACAGAGUCGGUAGGCUGCGGCCGUCCUCGUGUCCUCGUCAAAGUCAAUAAAAUGUAGACCAGGUUAUUCGCCAUAACCUGUAUUAUUGCAUUACAAUUUUCAAUCUGAAUUUAAAAAGUGAAAAUUUGUAUAUGUAUAACUGUUGUAAAACAUUGGAAAUGUGCCUUGGCAAUAACACAUUGUUUGGGUUUUGUGUAUAAAAUGUACAUUGCAUUUAAUGCUAUGUUAAAUGAGCUUAAACUGCUAUGGAUGUUGCAUGUAAUAAUCUUGUGUAAGAGAGAUGCAUGGUGACAACUUGUACUUAAUUCUAAACCAGGGUUUUUGGGACGUAACGUCUGGUUUUGGGAACUCCGCACAGUGAGAUAGACAUCCUCGGCGGGCCGAACUCAAGUCGACCAUACCAGCAGGAUUGUCGGCAAGGUCACACGUGGGCAGAGGACUCUACGGACACAGACGGUACUACCAGGGCAGGCACCGGUGCACCACACCCACAACCACACCAACCCGAACACUUCACACGGACCGUUGAUUUGGGCCCACUUUCGUUGAUUGUUUUGUAAUGUAUUAAUAAUGAUGUAUUUAUUUAGUUUCUUUGUAGGAUGAAAUUUAAGUGUAUGUUAAUAUUGGUGAUAUUGUGAAUUAAAUUAAUCUUGAAAUUAUA